CUUUUCUUCUUGACUUACGCUUUUCUUCGUACUUUUUGGACAAUUCAACUUUCUCUUUAUUAUUACCUACACCUUCAUCUUUAACCUCUUCCCCUUUUCCGCUGAUCCGUUUUGUACUGUAAACAAAACUGUACGAUGUUAAUGAUGAUAAACCGUAACUAAGACUAACUGUGCUUUCUCUUUUUUCUCCCUUUCUUUUCUCCUCUCUUUUUUUUCCUUCCCUUUCUCCUGUUACUUUCUUUUAUGUCUCUUAUUGUCUGUUAUGCUAAAUCGUCUUUACUAUUUGCUGAUUAUUUGUAUCUUGGCUUAAAUUUGACAUGAUUUGGAUCUGAAGAGUCCCGUUGUUUCCGGUAAAGCUUCAUCCUCAGCAAUCUCUCCCUCAUCAUCUUCACUUUCCUCAACUUCAUCUUUGUCGUCACUUUCAUCUUCUUUGUCAACCUCACCGACCUCAUCAUCAUCAAUACCUGACUGGGACUCGAAAGAUUCAAGAUUAUCUCGUUACCUGACUAACUCUAAUUUUUUAGGGCAAAGUUUUGCCGUCAACUCUAAUAAUGAACUCUGUAUCACAUCAACAGAUGAUCAUCGAGAAGCCUCACCGAUUAAUGUAAAUUUUCACAACAAUUCUCACCCUCACCGUCAUUAUCAACCACAUUCCUCUGAAGAUAUUAAAUGUACAAGCACAUCUACAGUUAUACUUCACUCCUCAAGUCACCAUAAUUCAAAUAAUGGUCAAUUAUGCGAUCUACCAUUAGGCUAUCAAAACAUUCAAACACAAACAUUUUCCCAUCAACAAUACCAAAUCCACCAAAAUAAUAACCACAAUCAACCCCAUCACCAUCACCAUCAGCUACAGCAACCUGUUAACUCUAUUGGUUUAAUUAAAUCAGAUUAUAAUAGUUCCUGUGAUUAUAGAUACCAUCAUCAAUCUGAUGGAUUGUUCAGUAAUAUUGAUUUAAGUGGCGGUCAACCGAUGAUUAGUUCUACAACAGGUAACCUCGCAAAUAACGGUAAUUCAUGCGUCGACAUCAACCCCACGAAUAACAACAACAAUAAUAAUCUAGGAAAUGAUCAUUCUGACAAUAGUUCACUGGAAUACACUUCCAUUCCUGAUCUAAGCAGCUUAAUUUUUUCCUCUGCUGACGAAGGAACCAACUCAAUCAACGGAUUAUGCUCUGCAAUACCAAGUCCAAACCCCAGCUAUUUGUCUCAUGACACCAAUGGCCUUUUUUUAUCCAAUUACACUCCUCCGACUCCGCCAGAUUCUGAAAGCGAAGGAAUAAUUCACUGUCAUCAAACUCAAGUUCCUACAAUCAGUGAAUACAAUUCACCAUCCACAACACUGCCCACUGCAAGUCCGAUAGUUAAAAUCAAUAGACGAAAUAAUCCGGAGCUGGAAAGACGAAGAGUUCACUUUUGUCACUACCAAGGGUGUAAUAAAGCUUAUACCAAAAGCUCUCACCUUAAGGCUCACCAAAGACUUCAUACAGGUGAAAAACCUUACAAAUGUGACUGGCCUGAUUGCGAUUGGAAAUUCGCCCGAUCCGAUGAAUUAACCAGGCAUUUUCGUAAACAUUCCGGAGAUAAGCCGUUCAAAUGCAAGGUCUGUGGAAGAGGAUUCGCUCGAUCUGAUCAUUUGACACUCCACAUGAAAAGGCACAAAAUUUUAUCAUAAACUUAUGCUACAUGAACAUGGAUUCAAAGCUUACGUUAAACAAGUUAUUUUUUAAAUCAAUAGUCAAUUUUUCACUGGUUAGACUACAACCGUAUUUACUUGCUUGCUGCUGCUCAAUACUCAAGAUUUUAGUAUCCAUUUUGGAUGAGCAUUUUCAAGUAAAACAUCAAAACAAAAAGUGUUCCUACAGUUUUAUUUAGAUACUAUCAGGUCGAAUCAAAAUUUACCUGACUAGCUUUAUAAAGACAUAUUUUUUCAAUAUCAACAAAUUUCAGUUCGUUUGUUACAAAAUGUGUCUUAGCUCAGGCUUUAGGCUUAGAACAGAGAAAGUAUCAAUGGUUUUUCAUUCUGCGCACAGUAAUUACCAAAAAUUUUUGUUCAUCUUUAGUCGCACUUAGAGGAUUUUUUUGUAAAAUGUGACAUUACAUUCUCUUUUCAGUAAUCUAAGAUAGGAAUUAUUAGCAUUUAGCGGCAAAGCCUUAAAAGCCAAAGAUGAGUAGAAAAAUUAAACAAAAUUAAAAAAUUAUUACAAGAAAGAGAACUAAUUGCACAUUGAUUACUUGCAUUGAGAAAACACACCAAAGCACCAUAUUUUAUGUUUUUUUAUCUAAAAAGUUGAUUAUUUUUCUUCUUUUAUUAAUUGUAUUUACAUUUUUUACAAUGGAUUUAUCUUCUUUUUUUGAUCUUUCAAAAUUUUAUUUUUUCUAUGAAAUUUAUUUUCAUUCAACAUUGAGCCGAUGAAAAUUACAAAAUAAAUUGACCGUCAAAUCGUUAACCAGACCAAGUCUCCAUCCUAAGCUGACAAGACAGCUUUACAUGACCAUUCGAAUAACGGUCAAUAAUCAAUUCCAUUCAAGUCUGUCAAUCAUCUUUGGCUCGAGACAAAAUCAAUUCCAAAGGCAAUUCCAGUCUGUAUAACUCAUUGGCUCAACCAUUUUUUGCACGUUUCUCUUUUCCUUUUCUUAAUUUCACAAAUGAUUUUUUUUUCAUUUGACAAGUUUUUUGCUAAAAGCUGUGCUUUUUGAUACUUUUUUAACAUAUCCUUUCACAAUUUCCCCUUUUCCUCCCUAAUUUUCCUACCAACUUUGUCCUACUUUUUCAAACUCUCCAUCCAUUUUUUGUCAACUCAAAACAAAUUUUUCCCAAACAGUUACCAUCCAAAAUCCGUCCCAAAAUUAUCUUAAUAAAGAAUUCAUUUUUCUUGAAA